CGGUUAGACGCCUCUAAACCCGGAAGAUGCGUGUAUAAGGGAUGGGGAAGAUCUCGCUUCAUUUCGAGUGAUUAAACUUUACCAGAAUUGACGAAACUUCAGCACCUGUCAGUUACUUCUUGCCAUACAACAGCUUUGAUAACGAUGUCAGCGUCCGCGAUCUUCAUCCUGGACUUGAAAGGCAAGGUGCUCAUAUGCCGGAACUACAUGGGCAACAUAGAUGCCAAUGAGAUUGACCACUUCAUGCCCAUAAUGAUGAAGAGAGAGGAAGAUGCAGAUUUGUCACCAGUGGUUAUUCAUGGCUCCACGCACUUCCUCUGGAUCAAGCAUAGCAACCUGUACUUGGUUGCAGUAACAAAGAAAAAUACCAAUGCUGCUCUUGUAUACUCCUUCCUGUACAAAUUAGUUGAGGUGUUCAUUGAAUAUUUCAAGUCACUGGAAGAAGAGAGCAUUCGAGACAAUUUUGUGACAGUAUAUGAGCUAAUGGAUGAAGUCAUGGACUUUGGAUUCCCUCAGACCACUGACAGCAAGAUCUUACUAGAGUACAUCACCCAACAGGGGCAUAAGCUGGAUGUGGGAGCGCCACGACCCCCAGCUACAGUAACAAAUGCUGUGUCUUGGAGGUCAGAGGGCAUCAAAUACAGGAAAAAUGAAGUCUUCAUGGAUGUCAUUGAGUCUGUUAACCUAUUGGUCAGUGCUACAGGCAGUGUUCUACGAAGCGAGAUUUUGGGCUGCAUCAAGCUCAAAGUCGUUCUGACAGGCAUGCCUGAGUUAAGACUUGGACUCAAUGACAAAGUUCUGUUCGAGACCACCGGCCGAGAGAAGAGCAAGUCUGUGGAGAUGGAAGAUGUGAAAUUUCAUCAGUGUGUGCGUCUCUCUCGCUUCGAGAAUGACCGGACUAUCUCUUUCAUCCCACCAGAUGGAGAAUCCGAACUCAUGUCAUACAGACUCAACACCACGGUGAAGCCUCUGAUAUGGAUUGAGAGUGUAAUAGAGAAGUUCUCUCACAGUCGAGUAGAGAUCAAGGUUAAGGCCCGCAGUCAGUUCAAGAGCCGCUCCACUGCCAACAAUGUGUCCAUCUUAGUUCCUGUUCCAAGUGACGCUGACUCCCCCAAAUUUAAGACCACCACAGGCCAGGCUAAAUGGGUUCCUGAGAAGAGUGCGGUAGAAUGGAACAUUAAGUCCUUCCCUGGCGGGAAAGAGUUCAUGAUGCGAGCUCAUUUUGGACUGCCAAGUGUGGAAAGUAAUGAACUCGAGGGCAAGCGACCAAUCACAGUGAAGUUUGAGAUUCCAUAUUUCACCGUGUCGGGCAUUCAGGUGCGAUACUUAAAGAUUAUCGAGAAGAGCGGAUACCAGGCAUUACCGUGGGUGCGUUAUAUUACUCAGAGUGGAGAUUAUCAGCUGAGGACCAACUGAGAGAGGACAGCGCCUGUGUAUGUUGUGUGUUCUGUCUAUCCUGUUUCAUCAGCAAGACAACUACUGCCUUACACACAGCAGUCAGGCGGCGGUUCCCUCCCGAUUGCUUUUGUCCGAGAUCAGGUUUUACAAAUUAAACAAGUCAGACCGCAAAGUUACUGAGAAAAACAAUUGAUUUUGGAUUAUAAUCCAGAGGUCGUGUUACAGAAGCAUCCUAGAAUCUACCUAUACAUGGUCUAUUU